AUGAGCGACGCCUGGCGUACAGAGUUUGGCGACGCGGCUGAGCUCCCCGACUGGGUGGAGCUGCUUAGGCAGAGGGUAGAUGUCUAUGCUCUUGACUAUGAUGCUAUCCUCACUGCCAUGUAUGCAUUGCCUACUAGUGCUGAGGGUGCCUGUUACCUGUGUGUGCCGUCUGACCCCGGUCUCCAGUCUGCUGCUCUAGGUGCUGGUGAGGCUGCUGCCCUAGGUGCUGUCGCGUCCCCUUCUCCAGGUGCCGGUGAGGCUGCUGCCCUAGGUGCUCGUGCGUCUACUGCUCCAGAUGCUGGUGAGUCUGCUCUCUCUGGUACUGCGCCUGCUGCGGUCUUGCACACCUUCACCCUUGACUCGGGUGCUUCCCGCUCCUUCUUUCGAGACCGCACCACCCUCACGCCGCUCAGUCGGCCGGUUGCGGUCUCCCUGGCAGACCCCUCUGGGGGUCCUGUCCUUGCCCACUUCUCCACUGUACUACCGUGUCCAGCGGCCCCGUCUGGCUCCCUGUCAGGUCUUUACCUCCCCUCGUUCUCUACAAACUUGGUGAGCGGUGCUGACCUGCAGGAUGGGGGAGUUGACCAGUUCACUCCUGCGAGUCAGCGGGUGACCCACUGCACGUGUGCUCGGACGGGCCGACACUUGGCCACGUUUACCCGUCAGCCGGGGUCGAGCCUGUACACACUGACUACCGAGUCUCCUCCGGUUGCUGCGUCUGGUCAGGUAGCUGCGUCGGGUCAGGUGUUUGCUGCAGCGUCCAGGUCUGGUCCUGAGUCUGCCCCCUGCUCGUGUCGCCUCCUGUCCCACCAGACCCUCCUCUGGCACCACCGCCUUGGUCACCCCUCCCUGCCUCGUCUCCGAGGCAUGGCCUCCCGUUACCUUGUCUCUGGUCUUCCCCGGUCCCUCCCUCCCCUUCCUCCGGGGCCUGCCCCUACCUGUGUUCCCUGCGUUGAGGGGCGGCAGCGCGCCGCUCCUCACUCCUCCGAGUUUCCGCCGACAGAGGCUCCGCUGCAGACUCUUCACAUGGACGUGUCGGGCCCCGCCCGCGUCCGUGGACAGGGUCACGAGCGUUACUUCCUCCUGGUGGUUGACGACUACUCGCGUUACACCGCAGUCUUCCCCUUGCGCACCAAGGGUGAGGUCACUGUGGUGUUGAUCGACUGGAUCCGCGCUGCUCGUCUCCAGCUCAGGAAGAGUUUCGGCUCGGACUUUCCUGUUCUGCGUCUGCACUCCGACAGAGGUGGAGAGUUUUCCUCCGACCUUCUGCGAGCCUUCUGCCAUGCGAGGGGCAUCCGCCAGACGUUCACGCUUCCGGCCUCUCCGCAGCAAAAUGGGAUUGCUGAGCGCCGCAUUGGCAUGGUCAUGGACGUCGCGCGUACGUCCAUGAUCCAUGCGGCUGCUCCCCAUUUUCUGUGGCCGUUCGCGGUUCAGUACGCGGCGCAGCAGAUCAACCUUCAGCCCCGUGUCUCCUUGCCGGAGUCCUCCCCCACCCUGCGGUGGACGGGGAAGGUUGGCGAUGCGUUUGCGUUCCGUGUCUGGGGAUCUCUGGCUUUCGUCCGAGACUUGUCUGCGGACAAGCUGUCCUCCCGUGCUGUUCCCUGCGUCUUCCUUGGCUUCCCCCCUGACGCGCCUGGUUGGCAGUUUUACCACCCCACCUCGCGCCGUGUUCUGUCCUCCCAGGACGUCACGUUUGACGAGUCGGUUCCCUACUACCGUCUCUUCCCCUACCGCACUGCCCCCCUCCCCCCCCGCCACUCUUCCUUGCGCCAGGUAGACGCAGUCGAGCCUGUCGAGGUAGCUGUUGACUCUGGUGCUGCUAGGGGUGCUGGGCCUGCGGGUGCCGGGUCUGGGGGUGCUGAGCCUGAGCGUGCGGAGCCUGGGGGUGCUGGGUCUGGGGGUGCUGAGCCUAGGGGUGCUGAGUCUGGGGGUGCGGAGCCUGGGGGUGCUAGGCCUGCUCGAGUGGAGCCUGGUGGUGCUGGGCCUGGGGGUCCUUCGGGUGCUUCGUCCCGGCGGGAGCUGCCCUCUCCCCAGGAGCUGCGUGAGUGGUUUGCUCGCCGCUGGAGUCGUGCUUCUGGAGCUGGUGGUGCUACCGGUGCUGGAGGUUCUGCGGUUGCUGGAGGUUCUGGAGCCACGGGUCCCGGAGGUGCUCGUGCCGUCGGUACUGGAGCUGCUGGGCCUGGUGGUGCUGCUGGUGCUGGAGCUGGAGGUGCUCCUGGCGUAGGCGCUGCUGGAGGUGCUGCUGGAGGUGUUGACGCUGGAGGUGCUGCUGGAGCUGAUGCUUCUGCGGGUGCUGGAGUUGGCGCUGCUGGCGCUGCUGGGGGUGCUGCUGGAGUUGGCGCUGCUGGGGGUGCUGCUGGGGCUGGUGGAGCUGCUGGCCCUGGUGCUGACACUGGGGGUGCUGGUGCUGUCCCUGCUGGUCCUGGAGGCGCUGCGCGGCCGCAGCCGUACUUCGUUCCACUUCUUCAGCAGUCCGAGUCACAGUUACAGCUCGCCUCCCCACUGCCUGCUCCUCCUCCCUACACUGGUCCUACUGGAGGUCUUGCUGAGCGUCGUGAGCCUGAGUCUCGUCCUGCGUCGCCUGUUCGUGCUGCUCGCACUGGUCGUCGUGUUCCGCGUCAGCGUCCUCCUGCGGUCCUAGGCACGCAUCAGAUGGCUCUGCGUCCUUCGACUGCUCCACUGCGUGUCCCUUUGCCGUCUCCUCCAGAGUCCUCUCUUCCUGCUCUUGCUGACCUGGAGUCUGACUCCCUUCGUGCGGGCAGUCCUACUGUCACGCGUCUCCUGGCUACUGUUGUCACUGACCCUUCCUUUGAGUCCACUGCUGCGUCUGCCUUAGUUGCUGAGCUGGUCGACUUUGCUGCUCACUGCUGUCUAGACUACGCUGCGAGUCUUGUUGCUGAGUCUGAGUCUGUCUGUCCUCCGUCCGUCGGGGGUGAGUGUGCUCUUGGCACGGACGUCCUUGAGGAUAGGCAGGAGGAGUUCCAGUGCUUUGCUGCUGCUUUACCUCAUCUCGUGUCCAUGCUGCUUGCCCCUGAGGGAGACCCGGAUGCACCAGACAUCCCGACUCCGUGCUCUUACGCGGAGGCGGUAGAGGGUCCCUACUCCUCUCAGUGGCAGACAGCCAUGGAUGCAGAGAUGGCUUCCUGGAAGUCCACAGGCACCUACGUUGACGAGGUUCCCCCACCUGGGGCGAACAUCGUCAGUGGCAUGUGGAUUUACAGGGUGAAGCGGCCGCCGGGUUCUCCGCCUGUCUUCAAGGCGCGUUACUUGGCUCGAGGCUUCAGUCAGCGGCAGGGAGUUGACUACUUUCAGACCUUCUCUCCCACCCCGAAGAUGACCACUCUUCGGGUGCUGCUGCACAUAGCCGCUCAGCGCGACUACGAGCUUCACUCUCUUGACUUCAGCACUGCUUUCCUACAGGGGAGCCUGCACGAGGAGAUCUGGCUGCGCCGCCCACCUGGCUUCACUGGGUCGUUCCCUCCUGGUACCCAGUGGAGCCUCCGACGGCCAGUCUAUGGUCUCCGCCAGGCUCCCCGCGAGUGGCACGACACACUGAGGACUACGCUUGCAGCUCUUGGGUUUGCUCCUUCUACUGCUGACCCGUCGCUGUUUCUACGCACCGACACCUCGCUGCCGCCGUUCUACAUCCUCGUGUACGUCGACGACUUGGUCUUUGCUACUGCUGACACUGCUGGACUCGCCCACGUGAAGUCGGAGCUGCAGAAGAGACACACGUGCACAGACCUGGGUGAGCUGCGCAGCUAUCUUGGCUUGCAGAUCACCCGGGACAGAGCACGGCGCACCAUUACCUUGACUCAGCCACACAUGGUGCAGCAGAUCCUUCAGCGCCUCAACUUCACGUACUCCUCGCCUUAG